CCUGUCCAAUAACCAGGUCUAUUCCCAAUACGUCGCCCGUUCGCCCCUAUUUCUCUCUCCUCCUCAAUCCCUUCUAGUGCAACAAUGGAAGAUCACUAUUCCGUGCUUGGCUUAGUUUCCGGAGAAGAAGCUUCAAAGCUCACUGAGCAAGAAAUCUCCUCAGCUUAUCGCAAAAAAGCCAGAGAAUCACACCCUGAUAAAAACCUAAACGAUCCAGAUGCUCCCGCCAAGUUCCAGAAACUCCGACUUUCUUACGAGAUUCUCAAAGAUCCCAGAGCCAGGAAAGAAUUCGAUGAUUUACUCAGGGUUAGGAGGGAGAAAAAGGUCCGGGAUAAGCAAUUCGACGCGAAACGACGUCGGAUGAUGUCGGAUUUGGAGGAGAGAGAAAGAGCGUCGUUUGUCGACCCCGAGAAAAAGGCCCGGGAUGAGGAGGAGGAGAUUAUGAGGAAAUUGGCUGGGGAAAUCGCCCGAGUUAAAGCUAUGUUUGCCAAAAGUCCCGUAUUUCCAAAAGAUGAGAAGAAAGAGAAUAUGGGCGGCGGUGGUGGUGAUGGUAGUGGAGUUGCGUUGGAUAGGUGUAAGGUGUUGAAGGUGAGUUGGGAGAAGGGUUUUUCGGAAUACAGUGCGAGUCGAUUGAGGGAAUUGUUUGAGGAGUUUGGAGAUGUUGAGGAUGUUGUCAUUAAGAGUUCUAAGAAGAAAGGUUCUGCAAUUGUUGUAAUGAGAUCAAAAGAGGAUGCUGUUGCUGCCACUGGAGUUAUGAUUGGUGAUUUAUCCAAUCCAUUGCUGGUUUUGCCUCUUCAACCGGUUAAUCCGACGCCUUCUGUUAGAGCCCAAGCACCGUUGGAACGAGAUGAAGCACUCGCGGCAAAUGUUGUUGGGGCUGGAUUUCAGGCGUUUGAGGAUUCAAUUCUUGAUAAAGUCAGAAAGGCUGCAGAGAAACAGAAGUUAGAGAAGAAAACAUAAAAAAGUGCUAUUGUCUUCACUGCCGGACUUUAAGCUUAUGAAACUUGAUAGAUUUUUGUAUAUUUAUUAGAUGUAGAGGGUGUAUCCGAUUCUUCCAUAUUUCUUACAUCUCUUGUAUAUUGAAUCAAAUUCAACUUUUUAAACGAGUUGUAUUAAAUCUUUGUACUUCGUUUAUUUGAGAAUGAUCUGAAGUAAUACACGAGUAGUUGUUAUUAUUUCUUA